AUGCUACUGGCUGUGCUGCUGCUGCUGCUGCCCAUGCCAGGCCUCAGGACUGCCCACGGGCACCCACUGUACAUGCGUCUGCCCCCCAGCACCCUGCAAGUUCUGUCGGCUCAGGGGACACAGGUGCUCCAGGCUGCCCGGAGGAACGCCCAGUGGGCUGUAAUGAGUUUGGCAAUGGAGAUCCAGCACAGGCUGCAUGGGUGCCAAGGACCUGGACACCCCAGGCAUCUGGCCUCCUUCCUUCAGGAGCCCUCAGAGCCAGGGCCUUGCGGGGAGAGACUCCCGGGUGCGGCCAACGUGACCCGGGCUCACGGCCGCAUCGUCGGGGGCAGCGCGGCCCCGCCGGGGGCCUGGCCCUGGCUCGUGCGGCUGCGGCUGGGCAGGCAGCCUCUGUGCGGCGGCGUCCUGGUGGCCGCGUCCUGGGUGCUCACGGCUGCCCACUGCUUCGUGGGCGCCUCCAAUGAGCUCCUGUGGACCGUGGCUCUGGCCGAGGGGCCCCAUGGGGAGCAGGCGGAGGAGGUGCCGGUGAACCGCAUCCUGCCCCAUCCCAAGUUUGACCCGCAGACCUUCCACAACGACCUGGCCCUGGUGCAGCUGUGGACGCCCGUGAGCCCUGCGGGCCCGGCGCGCCCCGUGUGCCUGCCCCGGGGGCCCCCCGAGCCCCCCGCCGGCACCCCGUGCUCCAUCGCGGGCUGGGGGGCCCUCUUCGAAGACGGGCCGGAGGCUGAGGCGGUGAGGGAGGCCCGGGUGCCCCUGCUCAGCGAGGACACCUGCAGGAGGGCCCUGGGGCCCGGCCUGCGCCCCAGCACCAUGCUGUGCGCCGGGUACCUGGCGGGAGGCGUGGACUCGUGCCAGGGCGACUCCGGAGGCCCCCUCACCUGCUCGGAGCCCGGCCCCCGCCCCAGGGAGGUCCUCUUCGGAGUCACUUCCUGGGGGGAUGGCUGCGGGGAGCCGGGGAAGCCCGGGGUCUACACCCGCGUGGCCGUGUUCAAGGACUGGCUCCAGGAGCAAAUGAGCGCCGCCGCCGCCGCCGCCCGCGAGCCCAGCUGCAGGGAGCUCCUGGCCUGGGCCGCGCCCGCGGAGCCGCCCGCCGACGGCGCCGGGCUCUGCGCCUUCUACGCCCGCCGGUGCCCGCGCUCCGACCGCGCCUGUGCGCGCCGGGCGCACCAGCAGUGCCUGCAGCGCCGGCGGCGGUGCGAGCUCCGCUCGCUGGCGCACACGCUGCUGGGCCUGCUGCGGGGCGCCCAGGACCUGCUCGGCCCGCGCCCGGGCCUGCGGCGUCGGGCCCCGGCCUCCUCCCGCCCUGCCCGGGCGCUCCGGGAACCUCCGGGGCACUCGGCCCGCGAGCAGCGGACGCCCUCAGGUACGCGGGCUGCUGGGGAGACCUCGGCGAAGCAGAGGCCCGAGCCGCGCGGGGACACAAAGGACUGCCCUGGGAUGAAGGCUCUGCAGCAGAGGCUGGCCGCCCUUCAGCGGGCCCAUGCCUGGGUCCUGCAGCUCCCCUCAGAGCACUUGGCCAUGAACUUCCACGAGGUACUGGCAGACCUGGGAUCCAAGACACUGACUGGACUCUUCAGAGCCUGGGUGCGGGCAGGCCUGGGGGACCGGCGUGUGGUCUUCCCUGGCCUGGUGGGACUAGAGCCGGCCACGCUGGCUCGCAGCCUCCCCAGGCUGCUUGUGCAGGCCCUGCAGGCCUUCCGAUCAGCAGCCCUGGCAGAGGGAGAGCUGGAGGGGCCCUGA